UUGCUCUUGCUCCUCCUCUUCUCUCCCUGCUUGACCAGUAAGCUCUUUACAGCUUCAAUGGCGUCCGUACUGAAUACGGUGUCGUCCAUUAGAUUAUCGAAACUCAACGCCAGCCGAGUUCGAACUCAGUCCAAUUUGGCGCCGAUUUCUGUUUCGUUUACCAGAAGAAGGCUUACGGUUAGGGCUGCGGAGACCGAUACAAACGAAGCUGUUGAACCUCAGGUACCCGAUAAGGCACCGGCUAAGAAUGGUUCGAGCUUCAAUCAGCUUCUUGGUAUUAAAGGAGCUUCUCAAGAAACUAAUAAAUGGAAGAUUCGUCUUCAGUUGACAAAGCCUGUAACUUGGCCUCCCCUGGUAUGGGGAGUAGUUUGCGGAGCUGCUGCUUCUGGAAAUUUUCAUUGGACUUUUGAGGACGUUGCCAAAUCAAUAGUUUGCAUGUGUAUGUCUGGCCCUUUUCUCACUGGCUAUACCCAGACACUAAAUGAUUGGUAUGACCGAGAAAUUGAUGCAAUUAAUGAACCAUAUCGUCCGAUUCCCUCGGGGGCAAUAUCUGAGAAUGAGGUCAUUACUCAAAUCUGGGUGCUGCUUUUAGGAGGCCUUAGCUGUGCUGGUAUAUUAGAUGUGUGGGCAGGACAUAAGUUCCCCAUAGUUUUCUACCUUGCUUUGGGUGGAUCCUUUCUAUCAUACAUUUACUCUGCUCCACCUUUAAAGCUGAAACAAAAUGGAUGGAUUGGAAAUUUUGCCCUUGGAGCAAGUUAUAUCAGUUUGCCAUGGUGGGCUGGUCAGGCAUUAUUUGGGACCCUUACACCUGACAUAAUUGUCCUCACACUCUUGUACAGCAUAGCUGGGUUGGGAAUUGCUAUUGUAAAUGACUUCAAAAGUGUUGAAGGAGAUAGAGCAAUGGGACUUCAGUCACUCCCUGUAGCUUUCGGUUCGGAAACUGCCAAAUGGAUUUGUGUUGGCGCCAUUGACAUCACUCAGUUAUCAAUCGCUGGUUAUCUGCUAGGGGCUGGUAAACCAUAUUAUGCUUUAGCUCUCGUUGCUUUGAUAGCUCCCCAAGUCUUUUUUCAGUUCAAGUACUUUCUCAAAGACCCUGUCAAGUAUGAUGUUAAAUAUCAGGCCAGCGCGCAGCCGUUUCUCGUGCUUGGGCUUUUGGUAACAGCAUUAGCGAUGAGUCAUUGAUAUUUUGAACGCAUGGCGGUUGGGCACGCGAUGAAAUAAAAGAGAGAUAUAGAGUGGCAAUCACACAAAUCACCGAAUGCAGUAUUUUGCCAGUCGUCUAAAACAGCUACUGCUAAAGUAUGGCUCCGUCACUUAUUGUACCAAAGUUUUGCUGAUUGAUUGAGAAACAAUUUACUGGGAAGUUGCUGUUGUAAAUAUGCUUCUUUUAGCAGUGUCAUCUUUAGGUGAAUGGUGGAUCAGUAAAUUCAUUCGGAUAAAGCAACAAUCUGUUAUU